AUGCAUAUUCGUGGAUCGUCGCUUUACUUCACCGUCGUUGGCCUGACCUCCACGACAGCCGUCCUCGCAGCCGUGCAGCCCUACGGACAGUGCGGCGGCCAGAGCUACACAGGCGAGACAGCCUGUGCAGACGGUUGGGGCUGCAAGACUUGGAACGAGUACUACUCGCAGUGCAUCGAGGGCGCCAGCGACCCAGCACCUAUUUCUGCUGCUCCCUCUGCGGCUCCCUCUGCUGCUCCCUCUGCUGCUCCCUCUGCUGCUCCUAUCCCCAGCGGAAACGCUACCGCUCCUAUCCAAACCUCUGCCGCCCCGAUUGCUAGCAGCACGGCUGCCAUCCUUACAUCUGCUGCUCCCGUUCCUUCGGCAAACGUCUCGACUCCCGUCGCCGUGCCGACCACGCUUGAGACGCUCAUCUCGUCCUCGAGCCUUGUCGCUAUCCCUGAGGAUGUUUCUUCUUCCAGCUCCGUGGUUGUCGUAUCGACCAGCGUUGCCGCUCCGAGCGCGACCCCAAGUGCUGUUGCUGGUAACAGCACUGGCACCUUUGCGAAUGGCGAGGAUUGCUCCAUCGACGCAGUCUUCAAGGCUAAGGGCAAGAAGUACAUUGGUGUAGCCACAGACAAGGGCCGUCUUUCCACUGGCGACAACGAGGCGAUUAUCAAGGCUGACUUUGGCCAAGUCACGCCUGAGAACAGCAUGAAGUGGGACGCUACCGAGAACGUUGAGGGCACAUACACACUGACCGGUGCCGACUACCUCGUUGACUGGGCCACUACAAACGACAAGCUGAUCCGUGGUCACACCACUGUCUGGCACAGCCAGCUUCCUACCUGGGUUUCCUCCAUCACCGACAAGACCAAACUCGAGGAUGUGAUGAAAGCACACAUCACCAAGCUCAUUGGUGGCUACAAGGGCAAGGUGUACGCCUGGGACGUUGUCAACGAGAUCUUCGGUGAAGAUGGCGCCUUCCGCUCGUCCGUCUUCUACAACGUACUUGGCGAAGGCUUCGUCAAGACUGCCUUUGAGACAGCGCGCGCCGCCGACCCGGCCGCCAAACUCUACAUCAACGACUACAACCUCGACAGCGCCUCGUACGCAAAGACCAAAGCCAUGGUCUCCAAGGUCACAGAGUGGGUCGCCGCCGGCGUGCCCAUUGAUGGCAUUGGCUCGCAGAGCCACUUGGCCAACAACUGGCCCAUUGCCGACUACCCUGGUGCGCUCAAGGCGCUGUGUGCCGUCGUCGACGAGUGUGCCAUCACCGAGCUGGACAUCAAGGGCGCAGCCGCGAGCGACUACGAGACCGCCGUGAGCGCAUGCGCGGACAUUGAGAACUGUGUCGGUGUCACCGUGUGGGGUGUGCGCGAUCCGGACAGCUGGAGGCCUACCGGUACGCCGCUGUUGUUCGAUGACGCGUACAAGGCCAAGGAGGCGUACAAUGGGCUGUGCAAGGCUCUUGCGUAG